AGGCUCAUGAUGCAGAGAUAUCUGAGUUCAGAGAUGCUCUGGAGGAAACUCAACCAAACCUCGCUGCAGCUGCUGCCAACAAGCGGCAGAAAAUUCAAUCUGGUGCUGACAAUGUGCGUGUAGAGCUAGACACUCUCAACCAGCAGUACCUCACAGUGCUGGGCCAGACUAGGUCAAGGCUAAGAGAGAUUGCAGAGAGGUUAGCUAAAGGCGGCAUCAAUGUUCAGUUGAACCUUGGUGAGAUGCCAUCAUUCCGUACAUUCCACUCUGAGCUGAAUGAGGAAGACUACCACUGGAUAGACUUUGACACUAUUGACAACCAGCUCAGCAGUCCAACACAAAUCAAUGGUGCUACAUUUGAGAGCAAGGUUAUCUUGCAACCCUCUAGUGCUACUGAACAGCAGGAGCUUUCCAGACAGGUCCACAUAUCAAAGUCUGGUAAGCUACCUGAACAGGAGGAGAUUGUGCAGUUUAUGGACACUGAACAAGACCAGCCAUAUUCAGUGUCUAGUGUGCCUGUUACACGCUCUAAGAAGAUGGCAAAUGUAACAAGUGUAUCUGUGAUAACUAAGGAAAGCCCUGACAGGAAACCUAGUGGAAAAUUCAUAGAUCCUCGAACAGGAAAGAAAAUCUCAUUAUUUGAAGCUACAAGACUUGGUUUCAUUGAAGGAAAGCUAGUACGAGAGUUGCGCAGUAAAUCAGGCAUAAUAGAUCCAAGAACAGGCUCUGAACUGACCUUGUUGGAAGCCAUACAAAGAGACAUUUUUGAUCCUGUGAGUUGUACAUUUACAGAUCCUAGAAACAAACAGAAGUUCUCCCUACAAGAGGCAGUAGAUACUGGAAUGAUCAGUAGGGAAGGUGCUAACAGGCUAGAAUACAUCAGUAUAAGUACCUCUGCCACAUCUCAAUCACAGGCCUACUUUGGUGUCACUAGUAUGGACCGUGAAAUGUCUUUGACCCUCACAGAUGCUGUUGAUAAAGGACUCUAUGACCCUGUUAGUGGAAAGUUUAUGGAUCCAAUAUCCCGACAGGAAAUGACUAUAGAUGCUGCUAUUGAACGAGGUCUUCUAGCUGGAGAUAUACUGGAAAUUGUAGACCAAGGCCGUGAGACAAGGUUACAUCACAGUGACCUGGCUGAUAAGCUAGUAUCCGACUGUGGGGUCGUAGACCUGGGUGGCAGAGAAAUCAACAUAUUGGAUGCUAUCAAGGAUGGUAUACUUGACCCAGCCACUGGCCAGCUAAAUGAUUUGGAGAGUGGAUCUGCAAUGAGUCUCCAGGAUGCUGCAACAACUGGCCUUCUGGCCCCAGAGAAUGCAGAGAAACUCAUGCAGCUAACCAGCCCCAUGAUGACCACAACAACAGUCACCACUCAAUAG